AUGCGCGUUGGAAGGACUGAAGAUCAUCGUACGAUUGCUGGGAAGCGUCUGCGAAAGUCCGAGGUUCUUCCUCUUCAAUGUGAAUCGAAAGAUCCCGACGACCUUUUUUACCAUGAAGCUCAGAUAUCAUCCCUUUGUUGGGGACCUGACGAGUCUUUCUGGACAGAGAUAUUUUUUGUGGAGACCUUCUUUGGCUCGGAGCUCCAUUAUGAUAAGUAUCUCAAUCCGAUCCAGGAUCCAGAGACCAAUCUUACACUUCGCUUGGAUCCUCCGACAUUAUCAUAUGACCCCACUUUGUCUUCGGAUCCGAGAGAAUAUUGGUUGAAACAGCUUGAAGUAAGAUUAUCGCAGGUGGUUCAGGAGUAUACAGCAUUGAUUGGGACUUUCAGCAAGCGCAUGGAGACGUAUGUGCGAACUCCUGGAUUCAUGUCCGAUCGGAGCGGGCAUACGCAAACUCUAAGUGAUGUGCUUGAGACGAUUCAAAACUUCAGCGACUCCAUCGGUAGUACAAUAGACGCGUGGGAAUCGUUUCGGAAGACCCAGAUUUCGCUCUUUGUACUAGAGGGACGCCGCAAUGACGCAAAAAAGCCUGCUUACUCACGACUCCUUGGCAGUAUAAUUCAAAGUAUAGAGGAGCUUGAGAGGUUGCGCGGUUUCUUGCUCACUCAAAGAGCAAAGUUCAAAUCCAGGAUUGAAAAUUACGUAGCAUUCCCACUGCUCUUCACCGCCGCCAUCUUCAGCAUGGACUUUGUCAAGCCCAAGAACGACAGCCUAGCUUGGGGACUCUUCUUUACAGUCUUCGUUGUGACAUCUGUCUUGAAUGGUACAAUAGCAUGGCUUCUCCAUAGGUCGCUCAUUCAAAAGGCGGUCAGGAAGCUUCUCGGUCUGGGCUGA